CGCGCCCGGGUGGCCAUGAACAGCCACAGCCACAACGGCAGCGCGGGGCGGCCGCUGGGCGCCCCGGGCCGCGAACCCCCGGACCCCGAGGCCGGCCGCCCCGCGCAGCCCCCGCACGGGCCCGGCCUGCAGGUGGUGGUGGCCAAGAGCGAGCCGGCCCGGCCCGCGCCCGGCAGCGCCCGGGGGCAGCCCCAGGACCAGGACGAGGAGGACGAGGAGGAGGAGGAGGAUGGGCCGGGCGGGCAGGGGCGCUCGGGGAGGCCCCCCAGCGCGGGCCACCGCCUGGGCCACCGGCGGGCACUGUUCGAGAAGCGCAAGCGGCUCAGCGACUACGCGCUCAUCUUCGGCAUGUUCGGCAUCGUCGUCAUGGUGACGGAGACGGAGCUGUCCUGGGGGGUGUACACCAAGGAGUCUCUGUACUCGUUUGCACUCAAAUGCCUCAUCAGCCUCUCCACCGUCAUCCUCCUGGGGCUCGUGGUCCUGUACCAUGCCCGCGAGAUCCAGCUGUUCAUGGUGGACAACGGCGCGGACGACUGGCGCAUCGCCAUGACGCGCGAGCGCGUGCUGCUCAUCUCGCUGGAGCUGGCCGUGUGCGCCAUCCACCCGGUGCCCGGCCACUACCGCUUCACGUGGACCGCGCGCCUGGCCUUCACGUACGCGCCGUCGGUGGCCGAGGCGGACGUGGACGUGCUGCUGUCCAUCCCCAUGUUCCUGCGCCUCUACCUGCUGGGCCGCGUCAUGCUGCUGCACAGCAGGAUCUUCACGGACGCGUCGAGCCGCAGCAUCGGCGCGCUCAACAAGAUCACCUUCAACACGCGCUUCGUCAUGAAGACGCUCAUGACCGUCUGCCCCGGCACCGUGCUGCUCGUCUUCAGCAUCUCCUCCUGGGUCGUCGCCGCCUGGACCGUGCGCGUGUGCGAGAGGUACCACGACAAGCAGGAGGUGACCAGCAACUUCCUGGGGGCCAUGUGGCUCAUCUCCAUCACCUUCCUGUCCAUCGGCUAUGGCGACAUGGUGCCGCACACCUACUGCGGCAAGGGCGUGUGCCUGCUCACCGGCAUCAUGGGAGCCGGCUGCACGGCGCUCGUGGUGGCCGUGGUGGCGCGGAAGCUGGAGCUCACCAAGGCCGAGAAGCACGUGCACAACUUCAUGAUGGACACGCAGCUCACCAAGCGGGUGAAAAACGCCGCGGCUAACGUUCUCAGGGAGACGUGGCUCAUCCACAAAUACACCAGGCUGGUGAGGAAGCCAGACCAAGCCCGGGUUCGGAAACACCAGCGUAAGUUCCUCCAAGCCAUCCAUCAGGCUCAGAAGCUCCGGAGCGUGAAGAUCGAGCAGGGCAAGCUGAACGACCAGGCCAACACCAUCACCGACCUGGCCAAGACGCAGAGCGCCAUGUACGACGCGGUGUCGGAGCUGCACGCCCAGCACGAGGAGCUCGAGGCCCGCCUGGCCGCCCUGGAGAGCCGGCUGGACGCGCUGGGCGCCUCCCUGCAGGCCCUGCCCGGCCUGGUGGCCCAAGCCAUACGCCCGCCCCCGCCGCCCCUGCCGCCCCGGCCCUGCGCCCCGGACCAGGCAGCGCGGAGCCCCCCGAGCCGCUGGGCGCCCGUGGCCCCCUCGGACUGCGGGUGACGGCCCUGCCCGCCACCGGACCUCUCAAUCUUGGCCAUCGUGUGGCCACCUCCUCCGGGAAGCCCUGUACAGCGGCGCCUCUUGGAGUCCAAGAAGCCGAAGCUGAGUUGGGCUGAGUGGGCCAGGCGCGGGCGGGGAGCCCGGAGCUUCCUCCGGCCACCGCCCCGGCCCUCCCCAGGCCCCCGGCGGGCGCGGGGCAGCGGGGAGGGUCCUUGCUCGUUCCGAAUAAAGCGGGACCCACCAA